GCGGGUGAUGGCGGCGGGCGGGCGCUGAGGGGCCGCCCGCCAUGGCUUGCUCCCACAGCGUGGUGUUCCUGCUGGACACGGCCAGCCCGGCGCGGCGGGCGCGGCUGCGGCGCGGCGCCCUGCGACUCCUCAACCACCUGGGCUGCCGUUUCGGCCUGCCCCGCCUCCGCUGGGCCUUCAGGUUCUUCAACUCGCUCGGGGGCCGCGGCGGGGCCUCGCGGGGCGGCGGUGGUUUCCGGCCGCCGGGCCCCCGCGCCUGGGCCCGUUUCGAGGAGGAGCUGGCGGAGCGGCUCGGGGCGCGGGGACCCGCCGCCCUCCUGCCCGGGCCGCCGCCCCGCGCCGCCCUCACCCACAACGGCCUCAAGGAGACGCUCCUCGACUUCCAGUGGGACCGCCCGGAGAUCGCGUCCCCCGCCAAGCCGCUGCGCAGGAGCCGCAGGACAGGGCUGGCCGCCGCGGAGCCCCCGGAGAGCCAGCCGCCUCCUGAGGGCUUUGUGAACGCCGUCUUCCUCUUUUCCCCCUGCCCCCACUCGCGGAGGGAGCUGCGGCAGUUCGUGUCGGGGAGCGACGCCCCUUCGUCCCCCCGUGAGCCGCCUACGGCUCAGGAGCUGGCGGAGAAGCUCCUGCCCAAGAGCGUCCAGGAGUUGUUCGCGGAGCAGAAAAUCACAUUGUUCUGGGUGGACACUGCCGAGUGGUCUCAGCUGGUCGAAUCCCCAGAUCAUGUCGGGUACUGGACAAUGUUUGAACUGAUCUGUCAGAUGGGAGGCACCAUUUUGCCAGCUGAAACCUUAGUGCAGUGUUUAAGUCACCACAGGGCGAAUCUUGCUCAUGGCUUUCUUGGAGACUCAAGUUCCCCAGUGCCACGGACUGUGCCUUGGACCUCGCUUCUGCCAUUGGAUGCAACCUUGAACUGCUUGUUCUCAAAGCCCUCUGUAUUUCAAGCAGUAUUCCCCCAGCAAGAAGGGAUGUUGUUUCUCAGCAUGCCUGGAGGGAAGAAGCAGGAAAGUUGUGCUGUGAUCUUGGAACCCCUUGCCAUGAGCCAAAGACAACUGCACUGUCCAGUCAACAUCUUCCUCAAAGGUAGCUUGACAGGCUGGAGCUUGGUGCAGGCUGGCCACUUUCUCACGGAAAGCUGGAUAGUGCAGAGCUCACAGGCUGAGCAGGCAGAACAUAACAGGUCACUGUUUUGUCAGCUGUUAAGGAGUCUAGUGACUGAAGAGCUACACAUGGUUGCUGAGGUAUCGCUAUGUAAAACUUGGUGCCCCUGCACUGCUGUUUUAUCACCACUUUCUGAGAGCACUGCAGUUCUGACUGUACUUGGCACUGAGAAGACUGCUGGAGUUCAGCGAUGCAACCUUGAAGGAGCUGUAGUGGAGAACUGUUCCCAAGACCCUGCUCUUCAUCUCCCAGAUAUUGUGAAUAGUGUCUUGAGUAAAAUCGGCACAUCAGUGGACGAUUCUCUGGCCAGUGUGGUAGGAGAAACUCGUAUGCCAGAGUGGGUCCAACGGGAACUGUCCCAUACAGGGGGCUGGCAUCCUUCAGUGCUUGAAGCAUGGUAUCCUGCAUCGAACGCUUGUGGAGCAAGCUCAGAUCUGAUGGAGUCAUUCAGGCUCCUGCAGGUUCCUUGUGUUAAUGCGAAGGACGAUGCGGAUCAGUCUGAAGUGGAACUCUCAGAAAGUCUAUCUGAGCUGUAUCAGGGAAAAUUCAGUGAAACGUCCACUGCAGCUGGACAAGGAAAUAGCAAAAAAAGACGUGGGGUUCCCCGAACUCCAGUCAGGCAGAAGAUGAAGACCAUGUCCAGAUCCCUACAGAUGCUCAAUGUAGCAAGACUGAAUGUAAAAGCUCAGAAGUUUCAACCUGAUGGUGUGCCACCAACUGUGAAUGAGAAAGUUCCACAGAAGCUUUCAGGAAAAAGAUUGGAUGAAAAGGUGGAAGAAAAGAAAAAAGCACUUAAAAUAUCAAUAGACCUCAAAACUGAGGAGGAACUGCAGUCCCAUUUAAUUGCAAGCUACCAGAAGGCUGUUGCUGAGGGAGUUCUUUCGUCUGUGUGUGCCCAGAAUAUGAUCAUGGCCAUUAAAAGGUUCUUGAAAGUACAAGAAGCCAAAGAGAAAGAGGUGGCCUGUGUGGAAAGAGUCAGAAGCCACCUCCUGAAGACCAGCAAAAUGCUCAGACAACAGCAUGGCUUACAGAAGGAGACCAAAGUCAGAGAGUGCCAACUUCAGGUAUUUUUACGCCUUGAGUUGUGUCUUCAGUGCCCUUCACUGCAAAGCAACACUGAAGAAAUGGAGCAGCUGUUAGAAGAGAUGACAGAUAUGCUGCGCAUUUUAUGUCUGACUGAAGACCCAGGGUAUCUUACAAAGUUUCUAGAGAAAAUAUUAGAAUUGUAUAUGAAGUCUAUACCGAAGACCCUUGGAGAUAUUUACUAUAGUCUUGGUACACAAAUACCCCCAAAGCUGGCAUCUGUUCUGCCUUCAGACUUCUUCAGUGAUGACUCUGUGACUCUGGAUAGCAAAUCUCCUGGCCUUCCACUGUCUUUAUCAUCUGCCUUAACUCCUAGUGCUGUUUGCCUACGCACUGAGAGUGAUCAGCUGGAGGAGCUGCGCACCAGAUCUGCCAAAAAGAGAAGGAAUAAUGUAUUAGCCAGACACAGGAGCAUGACAGAAGCACCACAGAACUUGCGUCAAAUUGAGAUUCCCAAGAUAGCCAAGAAUCCCAUCAGAAAGGAGAACUUGCAUUCUUACCUUGCCACCGAGAAGUCCCAACAGAUGCCUUUGCAGAAAGAAGCAGUUCAAGAGGUUACAAAAGUAAGGAGGAACCUCUUCAAUGAAGAGAUACUUUCACCAUCAAAAAGAUCUCUGAAGAAGAUGCCUAGAAGUCAGUCAGUAUCUGCUGUGGAAGGCUUAAGAUACAAAUGCAAUGAUGAAGGCACUAAAGAUCAUCGGAAGUUACUGACCAAAAGUGUUGCAGAAACACCACUACAUAAGCAGGUCUCCAGGAGACUACUACAUAAGCAGAUCAAAGGCCGGUCUUCUGAUCCAGGUUGUGACACCAGUGUUGUAGAAGAAUCUCCAGAGAAGGCCAUAAAUGAAGCAGGUUUGCAAAGAAGUCCAUGCAUCAAACAGCUGUCUUUGAGUAGGACCUGCUCUGGUGCUUUCUAUUCCACUACACAGCCCAGCUCACAAAAUUCACAGCGAGUCCAUCAGGGACAGGAAGAGGAGAGCUGUACACUGCAGGAUGUAGAAGGCAUUAAGCAGCAUUCAGAAAGUCCCACUGUCCAGACUCCCAAGAGGUUUUUCUUUGGUGCAGUCACUGACAUGUGUAGUCCUGCAGUGAAGCCUUCGCCUGGAAGAAGAACAAGAAAAGAUUCCUUAUGCUUAGAGGAGCUGACUGUCUGUCAGACUCCUAGAAAAACACCCCAUAAAUUUGCCCAGAAGCCACUGAAUUCUGCCAGUAAGCUACCAAGAAGAUCACCUCGCUUUCUCUACAAGACACCACAGAAGCUGGAGGAAACUCCUGGCAAAAGUCCAGCUGCUAAGCAGACUGUAGCUAAGUGUUUGGGAAAGUACUUCUCUCAUCCUGUACAAAGGGUCAAGUCACCAUCUGCAUUAACUGAAAGUAAGAAGGUUCACUUACUGCAAGUAACUUCUAAGGAUUGUUCUCCAGCAGAGAGACUUUCCCCUCCUUGCAAAGAGGCUGGCUUACAAACACCAGAACAUGAAGGGUUUGCGGUGCUCAGUGCCUCAUUAUCACCUCUGACAGAUUCAAAUCCAUCUGCUUCUUCCCCCUCUGCUGUACAGGAAAGAUGCUUUGCAGAACUGCAAACUCCAAGACGUUCCUUGCAUUACCUCUCAAAAUUAGCAUCUCCAGUUGGUACUCGGAGGCAAAUCCUACCAAAGGAAAUUCAGGUGCAGUCAGAUCCAUUAUCUCAAGCAACUGGAAGUACUCCCAGGAAACCUAAAGAUCCAGGUUCAAAAUCAUGUACCAGCCCACUGAGUGCAGAAAUAUCGCAGCUUGCUGUGAGGCUAGAGCCUCCCUUCAGUUCUCCUCUCCAUAAAAGUUCCAUGAACACUAUGGCAAUCUGCUCUCCUUCCCAUGUGCAGGCUAGGGAGUCUGACUGGGAACCAUCUUCUCAAAAAUCUCCAGUUUUUACUGGUACUUCACUGAGGACCCUGCUUCACACAUCCAAACAGGCCAACUGUGAACCAAAUUAUGAAGGAGAGAACCUCACACUUGCAUGUACAACACCUGAAAAUAAGGACAAUCAUCACGAUAGUGGUGGUAACAUUUCUGUAGAAAGCCUUCAGCUUUGUCAGUCCCAAGCCACUGAAAAUACCCCUGUAUCAGGGGAAAAUAAACAGAUGGAUGUAGUGUCUCAAAAGUCUUCUGAGUCCUCUCUUGGAGAAAACUUGGAAAAACUUUUGCCUCCAAAGCCUUCUGCUGGAGGGCAGGCACAUGCACAGAAUGCUGAGAUAGAGUGUGAGCAACUGGUUAAGGAGGGGAACUCCAGUGCAAACACCUGUGAGUCCUUCCUAAGUGGAACAGUUAGUGGAGACCUGGAAACAAGAACCCUGCUGAGAGAUGAAUAUACAGGGUUGAAGGCUUCCCCUCCUCUGAAGUCUGCUUCUGCCUAUUCCUUACGCUGCACUGCAGACAGGAGGCAGCGGGAGGCAGCAGCACGGAUGGGAAAUCCUCAACUUCUAGCCAAGUUCUCUACUCCUAAAAGUAGUUGCAAACUGCCUUCUGCUGGUCCACCAACUUACGAAGUUGAACUUGAAAUGCAAGCUUCAGGCCUGCCCAAGCUUCGCAUUAAGAAAAUUGGCUCUUGCUCAUCAUUGGAAGUUCAACCUGAAGCAAGUGCCAGCAAACCUAAGGGAGGAGAAAGCCCCUUUGGUGAUCUUGCUAUGACCUGGUGUAGCAAGCACCCGGGAAAACUAGCAGCUGCCUGUGUUUCACCAUCCUGCUUUCGCUCUUUCCACAGUACACCUGGGAAAGGUGGAGGACAGACCUACAUAUGCCAGUCCUACACUCCAACAAGCUGUACCUCUAAUGCCAGCUCCCCAUCGCCCUUAGAAGCAGGAGUUCCCCAGACACCUUCUCCAAAGCAGAAGGGGAAGACUACCCCUGAUGCUAUCAAUGAUUGGCCUCGGAGAAAGAGAGCAGCAGGCAGCACUGCUAAUGUUAGCUGUGGUCAAAGUGAGAAGAGUGCUGAUGAACAGAAGAGAAUGUUGACAGGCAGAGGAGGAGAAAUGAAGAUCUCGGACCAUUGCAGCAGCAAAGUAACAAAUAGUCUUGGGGAAUUUGAAUUGGAAGGGGUUUACAGGCUCCAGGAUCAGGCGUCUCCUAGUGACUCUGAACCCAGGGCUGAUGAGGACUCUGCCAUGGGAACUUUUGGCUUGAAAUUUCGGAAGCGGGUCUUUACAUAUCUAUCACCAGAAAAGGAGGAGAAUCAUGACGCCAAGAGGUCUUGCGCUGAUAGGUGUAACUUGGAUCUCACUGGCUUUUCCACAGAGGAGGGCAGCAGAAACAAAUCAAGGACAGACUCUGUGCUUCCGGAGAAACCAGGACCAUGCGCACUCAUAACUCUUGAGCAGCGCAGUUGUGUAGGGGAUGACAAUGUCUUCCUUUUGUCAGGCUCAACCCCACCAGUGAAGAGGACGCUCUCUGCCAGCAGCCUCCUAGCACUGACCCAGUCUCCACUGCUGUGCCAGGGACAGACACCACCAUCUCGAAGAAAUUGUGUUCAAGAAGAGGAACAUGAUGCCUUCCAAACUACUGCCAACCAGGAGCUGUCUCCAUUCCACAUCGUGGCUUCCAGGAGGCGUCCCCUGAGCAGGACUUAUUCACGAAAAAAGCUGCUCAGCUGAAGUUUGGAGCCAGAACACUAUGGGAAACUUUGCAUUAUAUCCCAGCUGUACAACAUACUUUUCCACAAGGACCUUUUGAUGCUGGACUGGAGCUGUCGUGUUCAUAGGAGACUAGAUGCAGGCAUAUGACAGUGGAAAUAAGGACUACACUAAAAGGUGGAUUUUUAACCUCAGUUGCAGCAUCUCUCCAUCCAGUCAGAGCCUAGCUCUGUCUUUUUGGCACUUCUCCUGCAGGUGGUAGCUGAGUUCUGCAGUGAAGGUUCAUUUCUGCUAGAUGAAGAGGGAGAAUUGUCAAUUUUCUACAGGUUUCUUGUAAAAUAAACUAAAGUGAAUUUUCA